UGGUGGCGGCGGCGGCGGCGGUAGCGGCAGCGGCGGCAGCUGUGAGGGGGUUCCGGGAAGAUGGUGCUGAUUAAGGAAUUCCGUGUGGUUUUGCCAUGUUCUGUUCAGGAGUAUCAGGUUGGGCAGCUUUACUCUGUUGCAGAGGCUAGUAAGAAUGAGACUGGUGGUGGAGAAGGAAUCGAAGUUCUAAAGAAUGAACCUUAUGAGAAAGAUGGAGAAAAAGGACAGUAUACACACAAAAUUUACCAUCUAAAGAGCAAAGUUCCAGCAUUUGUGAGGAUGAUCGCUCCAGAGGGUUCCUUGGUGUUCCACGAGAAAGCCUGGAAUGCUUAUCCCUACUGUAGAACAAUUGUAACGAAUGAAUACAUGAAAGAUGAUUUCUUCAUUAAAAUUGAAACGUGGCACAAACCAGACUUGGGAACUUUAGAAAAUGUACAUGGCUUAGAUCCAAACACAUGGAAAACCGUUGAAAUUGUCCACAUAGAUAUAGCAGACCGAAGUCAAGUUGAACCAGCAGACUACAAAGCUGAUGAAGACCCAGCAUUAUUCCAGUCAGUCAAGACCAAGAGAGGCCCUCUGGGACCCAACUGGAAGAAGGAGCUAGCAAGCAACCCGGACUGUCCUCAGAUGUGUGCCUAUAAGCUGGUGACUAUCAAAUUCAAGUGGUGGGGCCUGCAGAGUAAAGUGGAGAACUUCAUUCAGAAGCAAGAGAAAAGAAUAUUUACAAACUUUCACCGCCAGCUUUUCUGUUGGAUUGACAAGUGGAUUGACCUGACCAUGGAAGACAUUAGAAGAAUGGAAGAUGAAACACAGAAAGAACUAGAAACAAUGCGUAAGAAGGGUUCCGUCCGAGGCACGUCGGCUGCUGAUGUCUAAAUGAGUCCCCUGUAGGGUCAGAGACAAUAUCAAACUGUUUACGUAACCAAGGUCAAGUGAGGGGAACAAGUGCGGCCGGUGACGAGUGAAGAAUCUGACCAGUAUCUUGCAGUGUUGCUGUUUCCCCAGCGUGUGCCUGUGACACCUGCUCACACACACAGGUUCCUAACCACGUGUGUAUAUAUGUUUGUGUGUGCACCUGUAGCUGUAUAUAGAGCGCAUGUAGAGCUACAGGUCAGAAUACACACACUUGUGUAUAUAUGUACAUACAAACAUGCUGAAGGGAUUAGUACAAUUUCUCCAAAGUACUGUACGUAUCUUCAUCAAGAAUGCAAAUGAAAAAUAUUUUCAAUAUUAUAUCUGGAGCAAAUUUUAAUAAUUAUCAGAGUAAUACCAUUAAUGGGCAAAUUGACUGCACUGUAAUUCUAGCUGGUAUGUUUCAUAAAUGUCAAGUUGUGGACCAAUAUAUAUAAUAUACAUAUAUAUAUAGACUUUUAUUACUUUUUUUUUGUUCUUAUAAAUCGGUCUCUUAUAAAUUUGUAUUUAGUUCCAUAAACAUCAAACUCCCACAGAAAAUUGUAUUCAAAAUAUUCUGGUAUUCCAGUACACCUGGAAUGUAAACUCUGAAUGUACUUAUAACGAUUUAUUUCUGGAUAGUUAUUAUCUUAAAGCCAAAUUGGAUAUUAAUUAGAGGUAAAGUUGUACACCAGUUUUUACUUGUUUGCCCUGAGGGGGAAAAUCCUUUUAAAAGAAGUUCUGGUUUUUAUUGGAUUUUUGUAUCUUGAACUUCAAGUAUUUUUCUAUAUCCAACCUUGCAAAGGUAGAGAUGACGGUUUGUGAUUUCUAAUGACACUAUAUACAGUUUCCUGGCUCCUACUGGGCCCAGCAGGACACGGACGGAGACACGAAUAGCACCAUAGGUAGCUCUUUAGCGAGAUUAGAUGACCCACGUUUCCGCUGAGUCCCGAGUCUGAAAUGACUUUUCCUGAUACUGCAGCUUAGAAACUGCACAAGGCCUAGCUAGAUGAUUCUCAGCUUCCCGAAGAGGCUAGAGAUAGCCUUGAGGUUUGGCUCUCUCCUGUUGAGCAGCAGGUGGAGCCUGUUGGGGCGGGGGCAGCGCUGGCCUGAGACCCAGAGAAUGGCUUGAGGUAUCUGCAGCCCUGCCUACAACUAGGGUUGGGGCCCCCCCCCCCAUAAGCAGGUGGAUGGGGGUGUGCUCUCAGAAGGCCUUGCUUUACUGGUUCGAAGCUGCUGCCGCUCUCUCCCCUACCUCACCCCCUUUUUUCUUUUUUAAGAACUAGUAGGUAAGUUUGUUUUUGUUUUAAUCAUCUUUAUCCAAAUUUCCUUUGCUCUCUGCCAGCUCUGGGGGCUUGAAUAAAAAGAUACUGUUGAAGCCUUCAGGUCACAAACUGUCUUCUGUUAGCCGCAGUCCCCACCUCGAGUAUGCAGGCCCCCUAAGUCCCAUCCCAUCUCACCGGGCACCGGGCUUGCUGACAGUUCUGCCUUCCCUGCCCCUCGUUUCCGCACACGCCCUGUGUCCCCGCUGAAAUGAUUUCCGCACUGGGGCCGGGAUGGCAGCCUGGCCCAGCUCCCCUCGCAGAAGCGAGCCAGCCCCGUGGCCUAUGGUGCCAAUGUCCUCUCUGUGUACUCAGGAGCACGACUGAUGUUUACUCGCCGGGCGCUCUUGUAAAAUAGGUUUUGUCAAAGCGUGAUCAUUGUCUGCAAAGUGUUUGACACGAGGAAGAUGAUUGCCGACUCCGUGGACUAGAGAGCCUGGCCCUCGCCUUGUAAUGAACUUAACUCUCGCUGGCAUCUGGAGCAUCACUGGGAGCCUGGGCGCACAUGGAAAUGAGAACCCGGCGCAUGGAUCUUAAUGUUUUUCUAACAACUGUGGAGAUUUGAGGGAAUGUGUGUUGAAUGUAAAAUACCUAGUUUACUUGGCAGUCUCUCGUGUAAAUUACAGUAAAACAAAGUAAAUGAAAUUUAAACAAAAAAUAAAUUUGAUCACAAAAUGCCA